CGACACCUUUUAUUCCUUUCCUUGUCAUUCGAAAACAGUAUAGGAUGUAAUUUCUGAAAGACAGACCCUUGAGAGACCUUGCUCCUCCCACCCGUAAAAAUAAAAAAUGCCUCCUAGAAAAGUUGCUAAGACUAAGCCCCAACCUAAACCCCGCAUUGCCGCGCCUUCCCCUAAGGCCAAUCCUAACCCCAAAAGAAGCCGUAAAAAUUUGACUGAGGACGUCUUUGAUAAUCUUGAUACUACGAACUCUCAACGAGAACAUGUCGAUGGUUUGUUUAAGCGAACAAGCAAAAGAAUGAAAACUGCAAAACGCUCUUCCGCAGAGCAAUUGGACGCGGAUAUCCUUAAUUUGCACGCCGACAGCGAAGACUCUUUCUUUGAUUUGGAUGCCGAAGUAAAAACCGGUGAUGGGUUUUCUUCUUCCCUGCGAGCUUCUCGUGCUGGUGGCGGAAGUAGUAGCUCUACUUCAACUACGAGUACUAAGGGAAAUGGCAAGUCGUCCUCUACUACUAUGAAAACAAAAGCAAAAAAGGCAAAGGCAAGGCUACCAGAAGACGAAAAACUGGAGUUGGAAGAUGAUCUUUUCGAGCCUGAGGAUGCAGAAAAUGACGCUGGUAGCGGUGCUAGAAAUAUCAAUGUGGGGAAAGGAGAAGGGAAGAAGCGCGUGUCUGCUGCAGCUGCUCGCCAGCCUGCAAAUGCUGCUGCUCAACCUGAGGCUGCCCAGCCUAAGGCUGCUCAGCGUAAAGCUGCUUCUCAGGCGCUACCUAAGACAGUUGACAACAACGAACGACGCCGCAGACGAAUCUUCAUGAAAAAACGCAAAGAAGCAGACCGUCAUAAUCGAAGCAAAGUCUUCACAGUGACCGUCUAUAACCAGCCAGGAAUGACAGAGUCUCGAGUGGAGAUGAUGCGGCAAGUCGUUUCCAGUGUGAGGAACUGCAAGAAGCCUCCUAACGCCGCUGUGUGGACGCCGCCAGUUGUAGUUGCUGCUGCAACUGCGAUGGAGCCUCCGAAUCCAGACGAACGCAAACAUCUUGGCUGCCUGUGCCAUCAAAAAGAGGAGAAGGAGACUGGGAGUGAUGUAGAUCUAGAAAAAUCUGAGGUAGAGGAGGAGAUGGUCUGCGAAGAGGUUGCUCGAGAGCAACAUGAGCAAAACGCUAAUGAUGACCCAAUGUUACGUCGAGCAGAUCAGCUUUUCAGCAAUUUCAUGAAGAGGUUUCAACCUGGUGCUCAACCUGCAGCGAGCUCUUCUUCGUCUUCAAGUUCAAGCUCAUCGUCCAGCGCUAACGCAAAUCCCAAUCAGCAAGCGCAAUCGAGUGGCACGUCGUCUGGCGCUAAUCCAUAA